AUGGCAAUCAAUAUCGUUGAUGAUGAUUCGAUGAUAUUAAAAUCUGAAAAUGAUAAUACUCGAUGGCAAUGGUCUUCAGUACGUGGUGAAACGCGAUCCAAAAUUGCUCCAUAUAAUAUUACGAAAAAUUCGAAAACAAAACUUCAAAUAACAGAAUUAUUUGAGAAUGAAUUAGAAAAUAAACGUUUUAUGAAACGAAAUCUGCGAAAUUUACGAAACAAGAAGCUCUUGAAUCAAUCGCUUAAGAAACCGAUUGCAGAUCGUAUUGUACGAGAAAUAAAUUUCAAAGAAUUAUGUAAUUCCAUUGAAAAUUUUGAAAAUGAAAUGAAUACAAUGCCAAAAACAUCAACCAAUGGUAUUGAGCAGGAAAUCACAGAAAAUUUUCGGGAUAAACAUUUUAAUGAAGCUAUUCUUGAUGAAAACGAAAAUCAAUUAUUGAAAUCUUUAAAUCUAAAUGAAGCACGCCGAUUACAUCGAGAGAUGCAAAGAUUACGUGUAUUAAUCAGCCACAAUGAAGCUAAAUAUCGUCGAAUAAAACGGAUAAAAUCUAAAAAAUAUCAUCGUAUACAGAGAAAGAGAAAAAAUGCUGACAAUAUUCUGAACGGAAUAAGUAAUGUUGAAAAUACGAUUCAAGAAUCUGAUCGAUUACGUGCUCUUGAACGUGCCAGUUUGAAACAUACGAAUUUAAGUAAAUGGUCUAAGCGGCAAAAACGCAUUGUCAAUUUGUUGAGCAAUCUCGAAAUGCAUUAA